AUGGGGCUGCCGGCACUCAAUCGGCUCAUGUCUAUGCAGCGCGAUCGGCGUCGCCGGCCAACUCAAGGCCGCAAUGGACUGGUGACUUCAUCCCUGGCUAAAAGGAAGGACUCACCCUGCAUACAUGAUGAAAAUUCUCGACUUGAUAAAAAAUCGAGAUAUUCAGGACCACCCCUUCUAGAGGACAUUUGGCAUCAUAUACAUUCUCUGCUUCCUCUGCGAGAUGCUGCACGUGUUGCCUGCGUGUCUCAUUCAUUUAGAAGUUCUUGGAGUUGUUUUCCCAAUCUCAGCUUAACUAGGGAAACACUGGGUUUGGAUAACGGGGUGGAUGGAUUGUCAUGUCCAUGUGAAGUAGCGAUGGAUCUUGCAAGGAAAACCGACCAUAUUCUAAAAAACCACUCAGGCAUUGGCGUUAAGGCACUCAAGCUUGAAAUAUGUGAUUUCCCCUUUUUCAACACCUCCUGUGAUCUCGAUCGUUGGCUUCAUAUUGCUGUCAAACCAGGGAUUGAGGAACUUAACCUCCGGCUUAUUGAAUCUCGUGCAUCUCUUUGUCGAGAAAAAUCUCAUGCGGCUCUUUGUCGAAAGAUAUCUCAAAAAUCACAUGCAACUGUGUACAACUUUCCAUGCUCACUUUUAGAUGGGAGUGGCAAGUCGAUCCAGCAGCUUUAUCUCAACAACUGUGCCCUCCGUCCCACGGUUGCACUUGGCCGCUUAAGAAGCCUGACUAGUCUAAAUUUUUUUUUUGUGCGUAUUACAGAAAAUGAGUUAAGGUGCCUUUUUUCCAGUUCAAUUGCUUUGGAGAAACUGACACUCAGGUCCUGCGAUGAAUUAUUUUUCCUGGAGAUACCUAGCCUGUUGCAGCGGCUUAGCCACCUGGUUGUCGAGGAGUGUACAAAUCUGGAAGUGAUAAAGAGCAAAGCCCCUCAUCUGUACAGUUUUGGAUAUCGUGGUACCCUAGUACGACUAUCUCUUGGUGAUUCAUUGCAAAACCUAUACAUUGAUGCUUCAGAUCAGGACGUUGUUCAUCAUGCUUGUGCCGAUCUUCUGCACGUGGUGCCAAAUCUUGAAGCUCUUGAAAUAUCUUCAUAUUAUCCGAUGGAUACACUGGUGGUACCUGGCAAAUUUCUCCACCUCCAACGACUAUGUAUUGGGUUUUUUACCCCAGACUAUGACUAUUUGUCUCUGGUUUCUUUACUCGAUGCGUGUCCUUCCUUGGAGACUUUUGUAUUGUCCGUAGAGCCAGAUCGCGUGAGGAAAGAAUCAGUUUUAGGAAAUUCUUCUCAUAAUCUAAUCCAGAUGCCAGGCCACAUGCAUAGGAACAUAAAGGAUGUGCAUAUCAUUGGCUUCUGUUAUGCAAACAGCAUGGUUGAGCUAACAUGCCAUAUACUUGAGAAUGUGAAGUCGCUUGAGUACCUUACACUGAGCAUCUCUGGGGAUGAUGAAAUUUUGUGUUCUAAAAGUGAAAAUGGUAUAUGCCUUCGAAUGAACAAGUAUAUGAGGAUGGAAGCCCGCAAAGCACUCUUGGCCGUGGAAAGACACAUUUUGGGGAAAGUUCCAUCUACCGUAGAGUUAGAAGUUGUGAAGCCUUGCAGCCGGUGCAAUACUCUUUAA